AUGUAUUCACCCAUCUCGGUACGGCCAUAUCGGUCAAAACGUCAGCGCCCAUGUGAUCAAUGCCGUGUGCGCAAGCUAGGCUGCCAAACCGAGAGUGCAGGCCCCUGUCACCGAUGCCGAUCGGCCAAGCUCGAGUGUACCUUCGAUAACCCUCCACCAAGAAGACCGCGAGCCUCGGAGAGUCUGCCAUCCGUAGCCGUCCCCAGUGUUGAUGAGAAUACACAUGUCGCACAAACAUAUGACAGCAAUUUCACUCGUGAAUCCAGUCUGGCAAGGAGUGGACCUCAAAGCCUCGAAUCACCUUUCCCGUCUCUCGGGCUUGAUCCAAGUAAUGCUGGAGUAUCCCCAGGCUCCGGUAUUUUAGGUCCUGCGAGAUCGCCGACACAAUUUGUGCAAAGCAUUGAUCAAUUGGAUAGCGGCUAUGCUCAGCUGUUUGGUGCAUCCGCUGAAUCGGAUCCUUGGCUUCUCAGACAUUGUUGUUUUGACGAUUCCGGCAUGAAGUAUUUCUACAAGGUUCACUUUCGCAAUGCCGGAGGCGUGCCCACAGCACAGAGAAUUCCCGUGCACUUCAUGAUCUCAGCUGACGAGCUGACCGCCAGCAUCAAGCAUGAGACGAGGGCUGGGAUCGGCGAAGCGACACGGGAGCGUCUGAAUCAUCUAGUACCCCCUGAGUAUGGAAGGAGACUAGUCGCUCUGUUUGUUAAGUAUAUUUUUCCUGCUCUGCCAAUAAUUUCCCGUUCCCAGCUGGGAUUGGCCGCGGUGUCAAACCAGCUACCGGAGCUGUCAGUAUUGGAGAAGGUUCCUGGGCACCUGCUUGCGGCUAUAUAUGCAUCUUCAUUUCCAUUUGUCGCCCAUGACGACUACCUCUGUGUCCUUCACACGUACCACACAUCCCCGGUUGAUAGCCUUUGGCGGAUGGUCUACGAACUCGUGACUGAGGAGAUACACAGCCCCCGCUUGGCCGUCUUACAAGCGGCCUUGCUGUACACACACCAACAGCCAAGAGAUGAGGCUCGCCUAUCGACGGCCGAUACCCCGUUCUUAUGGUCUUUUAUCGGCCAAAUUGUCGGCUUGGCCUGCUCCCUCGGCCUUCACAUAGAAUGCCGUAUGUGGGGUAUACCGGCGUGGGAGAAACGACUUCGACGGCGGCUAUGGUGGGCUGUCUACGCUGAAGACAAAUGGCGUAGUUUGCUGAUGGGCCGUCCACCCUACAUCCAUCCCGCAGAAUGGGAUGUGAGUGAACUGGACGAAGGCGACUUUCUAGUGGGUCCACGUCAAGGAUUCUCAACCAGUUCUUGCGACACGGAGAUUCCAUUCCGAUAUCUCAUUAAUCUCACGCGAAUCGGCGAAGAGAUUCAUGAGACAUUUUACACCCUCCGAGCCUCCCAACUCUUGAACGCAAACUUUGCCGCUUCGGCCGAGUUAGGUCGUGACUUGCUAGAAAAGCUGAAUGGCUGGUAUUCCUCGCUUCCGGAAACCUCUCGGCUCCCUAGCUGGAGCAAAUCAGGGAAUGGUCUUACCCCAUAUCCCACAUCGAUCCAUUUUGCUUACUUGUUGCUCGUGGUCUACGUUUACCGCGCAAUGCUCAGACCGAUGGCACGAUCCUCUGAGCCACCACUGAUCUUUGAUUUGGAAGAGUUGUCUGCCACUUCACCACUACUCGUAGAUGAAUCCAUAUUGGACUUCAUGGACCUUCCCGAGAUAGAACCAUUACCCGAGAUUGCUAUCACAGAUGAGUCUGCCACCGGGGACGCCACACUACAUGCGGCUGAGAAAUGCGCCUCUAUACUGGUAAACUUCACGAGGCGGCUGACAUCUAGUGACUUCACGGGCUUUUGGUAUUCCUGGUCGCGAAUUGGGUUUGCCACGAUAUCAAAUUACCUCAUGCUGUUGCUGGUACAGGCACCAAAUAUGGCACAUGCUAUACGAGGAAAGCACUUGGUGCAUUCGUGGCUACAGGUUUUGCGAUGUCAAAGUCGAAGCUUUCCACUUGUGAAACUGGGACUUGCUAGACUUGAUGCGCUUCAUUGGGCAGGUCUGGGAAAUACUUUUAUUCUCCCUUUGCAUGUCCAGGAGGCUAUUGUGAACCCGGACAUACCCGAGUCUUGA